CUUACAAAUCAUUCCGUGCUUUGAGAAGCAGUACUGCGGAUUGCGUUGUAAGCCCACUCAUGCUCCGUAAACGAUCAACUGAUCCAGUGGUGACUGCUCACUCUUGUAUAUAGGGCUAGGUUAAAUUCUAGUGUGAAACUGGCCGUGGGAAUACACCGCAAACAUGUCACGGCAUCAUCACCAGAGGACGCCGCUGAAAAAAGAAGAAAGUGUCGUGGAGGUGAAGAGCAAAUUUGAGGCAGAGUACCGAAGGUUUGCCCUGAAGAGGAAAGGAGAUGGGGGCUUCCAGGACUUCUACCAACUGUUGCAGACCAUUCAUAGGAUCCCUGGAGUGGACGUCCUGCUGGGAUAUGCCGACAUCCAUGGAGAUCUACUUCCAAUCAACAAUGAUGACAACUUUCACAAAGCAUUGUCCUCGGCCAAUCCUCUGCUUCGAAUUAUUAUUCAAAGGAGAGAUGUGGAUGGCCCCAUACCCUUCCCCACAGGGUCUCUUCAGAGAAGAAAAAAGGGCCUAGCAGGUCUACGUCAAUCACAACAGAAGUCCAAACCAGCGCUGCUCAUCGGCCUUCCGCAGGAUUUCCGGCAGAUCUCUUCCAUCAUUGAUGUGGACAUCUUGCCCGAGACGCAUCUCCGUGUCCGUUUGCACAAGCACGGCACCAACAAACCCCUUGGCUUUUACAUCCGUGAUGGGGUCAGUGUUCGCAUAACACCCCAAGGGGUGGAGAAAGUUCCAGGCGUUUUCAUCUCACGCCUUGUGAAGGCCGGUUUGGCUGAGAGCACAGGAUUACUGGGAGUUAACGAUGAGAUUCUCGAGGUAAAUGGUAUCGAUGUUGCUGGCAAAUCACUGGACCAGGUGACUGAUAUGAUGGUUGCAAACAGCCACAACCUUAUUGUGACGGUGAAACCUGUCAAUCAGCGCAACAACACGAUUCAUCGCUUGAGUAAAACCUCAGCUGGCAACAGUUCUGCUGGCUCGGGAGGCUCCGCCCUCUCUCAUGACUCCACCCCCAGUCCCGCCUCACACAAUCCUAGCCCAUAUAGCAACAGCAACAGUGUGGCUGAGGGAGAUAGUGAUGACGAUACUGAUCUCAUCAUAGAAAAUGACAACUUGCUUACAUACAUGCCACACCGCGUGACUAAUGGCAAUGACAGCCAUGGUAACGCCCUGUCGUCGGGCGCAUUUGCACUCAGGCCUCUCCCACAAAGUGUUUCCUUGCCCAGUAACAGCUCUUUGUCAGACAGCAAGGCCUCUUUAAGCUCCCUAACCACACUGACACACAACGGCAGCUCCACCAAGACGAGUAGCAGCCAAGAAAGCAUGAGAGAGGAUGGAAAUUUCAUAACAUUGUGAGCAAGUAUGCUACAGUAUGCUUUAUGCUACAGUAUGCUUUACACUACAGUGAGAGGACUCGAUAUGACGUGUUUAUGCACAUUUAUUAAGAAAAUGAAGGACUAUUAUAUUAUUUUAACUAAUAUUAUUCUGCCAUUACUGUCUCAAAAACAACAAUCUAUUCAUAAUAAUCUCUGUUAAUGAGGACCCUCAACCCAGAAUCACACAAGUUGCACAAUCUGGCCAGUGUAUAAGGGUGCUCCAAGGGGCCCCAGCAUGUGGCUGUCACCAUAUGGAAGUGCCUUACGGCUCUCCGCUCCUUGCGCCUUAGUUUUUUAUUAUUAUUAUUUGUAUCUGUUGCCAGGACACAUUCAUCUCACCUAUGAAACUCUGUUUACUUAAUUGGACAGUCGAUCAGCUCACAAACACUACAAAUAAUGUGUGCUAGCUACUACUGGGAUGCUUGAUGUUAUUGCUUACACAUCUCAGAGGACGUUAGAGGAAUGAAUCUCCUCUAUACAAGUGAUGCGUCUUCAAUUGUGGAUUCAUCUCACUUUUUUAUGCCUCUUGCAUUAGUGAUGAUAAUGGUGAAGAGGUGCAGAAAAAUAUAAGAGUGUUAAAACUGACCUGAUCAGUGUUGAUUAUGUUAGAUUGCUCAUAUCGCCUGAUACUAAAACAAAUACUGACCACAGUGUGUGUUACUCAAGAUGGACCCCGAAAUCUGCUCUACAUUUUGAUUUUGAAGUGAAGUUAUUUGCUGUUAUCUCAAAACCCUUUUCAAGUGUUCAAGUCAAUCAUGUUUUUAAUAUCCAUAAACUCCAUGUGGCUUUCAUGAGUCUGAUAUGGGCAGUACCUGAGACAGAAAGGAAGUGUUCAAUUAAAGUGAUAGUUCACCCAAAAAUUGAAAUUCUCUCAUAAUUUACUCACCCUCAUACCAUCCCAGAUGUGCAUGACUUUCUUUGUGCUGCUGGACACAAAGAUUUAUAGAAGAAUACUUUAUCUGUGUAGAUCUAGACAAUAUGAAUGGUGACAAACUUUGAAGCUCCAAAAUGCAAUAAUCUAAAAUGUACUUGUUUCUCACCCACACCUAUCAUAUCACUUCUGUAGUCAUGGAUUAAACCACUGGAGUCUUAUGGAUUACAUUUAUGCUACCAUUAUAAGCUUUUUGGACCUUCAAAGUUCUUGCAUUGUAUGAAUCUACAAAGCAGAGAUAUUCUUCUAAAAAUCUUUGUUUGUGUUCUGCAGAAGAAAGUAAGUCAUACACAUCUAGGAUGGCAUGAGGGUGAGUAAAUUCUGAGAGAAUAUUCAUUUUUGGGUGAACUAUCCCUUUAAGAUGACCCUGCAAAUGUAAAUUGGCCUUCCAAAUAUGCCAAGAUUAAAAAAUGUUUCCACUAUCAGCUUGUUCUGUCACAGUACACCAUUUUAACACUCCCAUUAACAUAAUUAUGAUUUCAUAAACAUUUAGAAAAUGUUGGCUGUUUUCGUACCCUUUUGUACCCUUUUGGUCUGUCCCUCUUUUCUUGUCUUGUGUUGCAAAAUUGUAACACUGUUUGAACCUUUUGGAUUAGUGUUUUCUUGAAACAGAGCUCUCUCUUCGAAGGCAUUCAAUCCAUUUUCCCCCUCCUUGUUUUUUUUUUCUUCCCUCUGGCAAAACUGGAAUAUACUAUAUAUAUUUAACUGGCACCAGUGCAGUGUAACUUCAGAAAGUCUUGACCUCUCAUUGACUCAGUCUGUCCAUUCUCCUGUGUGCUCUCUGUUUUUCUGAAGAAAAAAAAGGAAAUUCCUUUCAUGUUUGAAAAGGCCAGAAUUCUGCACAUUGGAACCUUUUUCACACAGUCCACUCCUGAAGGCCAUAUGCGAUAGAUGAAGGAAAGACUUUGAAAUACAAAGAAAUACACCGUACCAGUAGACCAGUUUAAUUGCAGUUGCUGAUUAUCAGCUGGGAUGAACAACUAUUAUUAUACAUGGGCGGUAAAUAAAAUUAAGUAGUUACUAAUAUAUUUGUUUAGUUUUUUGGUAGCACUUUACAAUAAGGUUGUAGGUGUUAUCUUCUGAAGCGAUCAAGUCGGUUUUGGGUGGGAACAGACCAACAUGUUCUCCUUUUUUCAAUGUACAUCUUGCCAUUACAGUUUCUAGGCACAAUCAUGAUUUUUACACUUGAUGUAUGCGCAGAGCGCUAGACGGUGCUAGAAACUGUAAUCGAGCUUGAAAUCAUGAUUGCCAAGGAAACUGCAGAUGUCAAGAUUUAUAGUGAAAUGAAGAUAUAUAUUGGUCUAUUCUCACCAAAACACUAUUAGAACGUUUCAGAAGACAUAGAUUAAACUGGAGUCUUAUGGAAUAAUUUUAUGCUGCGUUAAUGUGCUUUUUGGAGCUUCAAUGUUUUGGUCACCAUUCACUUGCAUUGUAUGGACCUGAGAUAUUAUUUCAAAAAUCUUUGUUUGUGUUCAGCAGAAUAAAAGAAAGUUAAACACACCUGGCAUGAGGAUGAGUGAAUGAUGAGAGAAUUUUUAUUUUUGGGUAAGCUAUCCCUUUAAAGAUUGCAUUAGUGUAACAUUAUGCAUUAGAACUAACAAUGAACAACAGUUUAUUUAUAAAUUAAUGUAAACCAAGAUUAAUGCAUUUCAUAAAUGUUGUAAAAACAUGGUUCAUUGUUAGUUUGUGAUCCCUAAUGCAUUAAAUAAUGUCACUAUGUAGAUUGUUAUUGUAAAGUGAUACCAGUUAUUUAUUUAAUUUUUUUCACACCAACCAAACAUUUAGCAGAUGCUAAACCCAAAUGUUUUGAAGUUUUAAAUAUGUGGAUAGAAGCAGAUGCCAAUGAAAAUAAUCAGGAAGCCAGUAUUUAAAUGUCAUAAAUGAUAGGUGUGGUUCAAGUAGGUGUAGGCUCAUCUGCUGUGCAUUAUCUGGUUUAACUUGAUCAGAAUAACAAAUGAGGUGUUAUUUUGCAACAAACCUGACAUUUAUCAAGGAAGCCUUUGGUCUGAAAAAGAAUUUAGUUUAUUUAAAUAGGUCUAGACAUAUAAUCUGCUAAACUGACACCCAGUGACUCUAUAGAAAAACAGUCAAUCAGAAGGAUAAUUUUAAAUGUAUUGCAAGGGACGUUUAGAAACGUGAACCGUUGCUUUGAUUUAGUGACUUAUAUUUAAUAUCUGUCUUAUUGUUUUCUGGAGGGAGUAUAUUAAGAUUGAUGUGCCAGUUUGAAUUUGUUGCAGAGAAACUGAAGAGAUAUUUGGCAUAUAGAGAGAGUUUUGAACAACACACUGUAGCACACUAUCGGAUAAUAUCACACAAUAAUACCACAUGAGCAUUAUUUUUUUGUAUAUGUAUAAAUGGAAUUAUGAAAUGGACACUUUUGUAUAUCAG